GUUAGCAAUCAGAAUCUUAAAGAGGAGUUUGCAAAAUCGUCACAUUUGCCAUUUUUUGUAGAUAUUAAACUUCCAGACCAACUGCUACGAUGGCACAAUCAAAUGCAUGGAUCUAUAAAGUGGUAUGGAUUCUACUGAUCUUCAAUAGCUGUACAGUCAUUGAGGUUCAGAGUUUGAGUCACCCCUUACCAGCUCACGUGAAUCUCUCAAUAUCCCUGAUGGAGAAUUACAACAAAGGGCUGAGACCGGUGAAGAAUUUAAAUAAAUGCACCACUGUGUACAUUGAUAUUGUUCUAUAUGCCAUCCUGAGUGUGGAUGAGAAAAAUCAAAUGUUGACAACUUACAUCUGGUACAAUCAGUCAUGGGUAGAUGAAUUUCUCACCUGGGAUCCCAAAGAUUAUGAAAAUGUGACUCAGAUGACUUUUCCAACAAAUUCUGUCUGGAUCCCUGAUAUAUUUAUUCUAGAAUUUGUGGAUAUCGAAAAGUCCCCAGAUGUCCCUUUUGUCUCCAUCAACAAUGAAGGCCGAAUCCAGAAUAACAAACCCAUUCAAAUAGUGACUUCCUGCAACCUUAAUAUCUACUAUUUCCCGUUCGAUUUGCAAAACUGUACGCUCACCUUCACCAGCUGGAUUCAUCCAAUUGAAGAUAUUAAUAUAUCCGUCUGGAAAACACUAGAUGAAAUAAAAGAAGACAAAAAUCUUUUCAAAAACGAGGGAGAGUGGGAACUUCUCAAUUUGAUGCCUCGAUACAAUAUGUUCAAUGAUGAAGGAGAAAUCUUUGGAGAGGCAAAGUUUGAUAUAAUUUUUAAAAGAAGAUCUGUCUUCUAUGUUGUGAAUCUGAUUUUGCCGAGUACAUUCCUCAUGGUAAUGGAUAUUGUUGGCUAUUACUUACCUCCGGAGUGUGGAGAAAGAAUCUCUUUCAAGAUUACCCUACUUUUGGGUUAUUCUGUAUUUCUCAUAAUUGUGUCAGAUACACUACCUCCAACUUCCAUCGGAACUCCUUUAAUAGCUCUCUAUUUUAUAAUAUGCAUGGUUCUGCUUGUGAUCAGUUUAUCAGAGAGUAUCCUCGUAGUCCGAAUAGUUCAAAAAAAGAACUUCAAGACUCCAGUUCCUAAUUGGAUGAAGAAACUGGUCUUAGAGAAGAUUACGUUUUUGCUGUGUACCAAAGAUUUAAACAAAUUAAAUGAAUCACGCACCCUCAGCUCUGAAGUUUCUUGGCAAAAUGAAAAUAGUUAUGCUGAGGAAUUGUCUAAAUACAACCAUGUCAAAAUAGAGGAUGACAGGGGACCUGACGAAGAUAUUCUAGCAAUUGGAGGAAAGCCUUCAAUUAUGACUCAAAUCCUGAAAGAGAUAGCUUCCAUCAGAAGCUACCUAGAGAUGAGCGAUGACAAUGAUAUCACCAGACAGUGGUUGCAGAUUGUGUAUGUCUUGGACAGACUCCUAUUCCGUUUGUAUCUUUUGCUUGUGUUGACAUAUAUUGUAUCCUUGUCGGUCCUUUGGUCAAAUUGGGAUGAGCCCAGUAACUUGUUGGGGUCACCAGACUAAACUUUAUGUUUUGCUAAAAAUGCAUGACUUCUCAAAAGUGAUUCUGCACCAUUUAUUUUUAACGAGUUUAUUAUAGUUGACAUUUUAAUUGCAAGCAGCGUUAAACCUGACAAUGCAAAUGUAAAUUCUGCUAAAAUUACACCAUAUAUGUAUACUCAUGCACUUCAAUAAUUAUUGGAUAAAAAUCAGCAAUAUUGGCACUAUGCAUGAUUCUACUUAAACAUAUGACCUGAUAAACCUGGUGAAACUUGCCUUGGGAUGCUCUGUACAGUAAAGAAUUCUCAAGUUGGCAGGAGAAUACAUAAGCUCCCACUAUCCCUUGUUAAUAGGGCCAUAGAGACUGGGCCUCUUCUAGAUCUAUGUGGGGCCGUGGCAAAGGUUUUUUGGAUACACAGACAAAAAUACAUUUUGCCGCUCCUCUAAAAUGUGUCUUUGUCUAUGAAGGCCUGUGUGUCUCUUAACUUCCUUUUUGCCCCUCUUACUCAACCUUUUGCCCCUUUAGUUUAUAUACCCUAUUUUGUGUCUCUCUAAGGCAGCCUCCUGUGCUUCCUCAUGGUAGCGCCAACUCUGUCUCUGAGUAUUAAAACCACAGAACUGUGUAUUCCAAGGUCAACAUAUCAUGGGUAGGUAGCCUGGAGACCUCUAGCCCAGCAUUAUUAUUAACCUCUGACCCACCAGGCAGAGGUGGAGGAAGAAGUGUAAGGCUUCUAUCCUGUAUGGAUUUACCCCCACCACAAUUAGAAUGGUGAAGAAAGGAGACCAUUUGUCAAGCCACAGCCAUUGGUGGGGCCCAGUAAACCUCAGGUCAUUUUUUUAUUAAGUCCUCCAUCAAAUGUAGUUUGGCGGUUGGGUAAUAAAGCUUAACUUUCUUGAGUUAAUGUUGGUGGCCUUGUGGACUCCAUGAGUGCCCUUUUUUUUUUAAUUAAACUAUUUUGCCCUUUCAAAAUCUCCACUGUGGACCUGAAAGGGUUAUUUUUUAUGACAUUGCAUGUGCACUCAUGCUUUGCUAAGUAGCUAGUGCAACC